AUGACCCAAAACUCACCGGGCAACUCAUCUGAAUCUGAAUCCAAUGACUCCAACCAACCAGAACCUCCAACCAGCAGCCUCUACGACUUUGUUUCCAGUCUCAUCUCGCCUGCUGCAAACGUUUCUGGUGAUCCAGACUCUCGAACCUUCUCGUUCGAUUCCAACCAACACGACGCCGAAACCAACAUGGCUGAACCUGCCCCCCCCCCCCCCCCCGUCGCUCAGACUUUCACUCAAGACCAGCUCCUUGAACUCCUCAGGGCCGCUGGACGACAGCGGGAUGCAUUUCCUACUCUCAAGCAGCCCCGGGUCGGAGGACUCAAUGCGACUGGAGCUUGGACUGGACAUGGAGUCGGCGGCGAAGGAACUUCUCCCAUGAGCGCCCAGUGCAUGAGAGACUUCAAGACGGAUGUAAUCAAGAACCAUCAGGCUCUCUCUCCCAUCGAACUGAAGUGCAAAGAGGGACUGAGUGGCUCACCCGACCUUCUGUUUAAUCUCCCUGGCGAACCAAACGCGGAUAAGGUAGUGCCAUCGCUUAUUGCUCUAAGCGAGUUCAUGAUCUCAGUUGGGAUGGAAAGCGUCUUUAGAAUCAUUCAGACCGAUGGCACUCAGUUGGACAUGCUUCUCCAACCUGGUAUGGUUUCCAGCGACAUUGAGCGAACCUGGCAUAAGGAUCUAACGGUCAAUGGAGUUAUCAAAGUUGAUGAUCAGGGCCGUCCUGUCAUGGCCAACGGUGCUGUCGAUCGUUUUGCUCAGUGCUCAUAUGAUGCCCAGAACCUGCAUUGGUCGGGUGAAGCCGUGCUCAACUCUUGUUCGCCAACACUCAUGCAGGACCUUAAGCAAGUCAUCCCAAAGCUCGCUGAUCGAACUGGUCCCCAUGUCCUAUUUACCAUUCUGAAGAAGAUUUACCGCCCAUCCAGCUCCAAGAUCAAGAGUCUUGUCAACAAGCUAGAGGCACUCAAGUUGACAGAUUACCCUGGGGAAAAUGUCUCUCACUUUGUCCACGAUGCAUCUGCUAUCGUCCGGGAAAUUCAGAUGAACCAUAUGCCAAAUGCAACAGUCCCUGACUUGACAACUUGGGCGCUCAAGGGUCUUACCACGGCAAGCGACCCAUUGCUUCUCCAAAGUAUGAGAGAGCUUUGUCUUGCCAAUGAUGUCAGUGGAUUUGAUUCGACUAACAAACAAGUGAUGCGUCCCAUCGCUGCUCUUCGCAAAGGUGAAGACCUUUACACCAUGCUGGUCUCUCAAAGUGACUAUGCACCUGCCCAGCAGAUUUCUUCUGAUACCAAGCACAAAGCUAUGCUAACCCAAAUGGCUGCCAUGGUGGCUAAAGAAUUGAAGACCACACUUACUCAGGACAGGUCUGCAGGUGGCAGCAGCGGUGGUGGCAGUGGGAGCAGCAGUAUCAAGUGUUGGACAUGUGGAGGUGACCACAUGCAACGUGAUUGCCCCAAGUCUGGCAGCAGCUCUGGAUCUAGCGGCAGUAACAGUUCCACUGGUCGUGGCAUUGCCAAACAUGGACUGGAUGAGGCCACUAUUGCAAAAGGAGCUAAUCGAGUUGCAUAUGUUCCCGCUAGUGGUGUUGAAUCGCCCCCUGCUGCUGUUGUACCACCACCCCCAGUGGACACAGGGGUCACUGCUGGAGGAAAUCUUUGUGGUGCUGUUCGAUUUGCUGAUGCUCCAGUUAUUGAUCCACAGGAGUUCAUGCAACGGGAUGAAGUCAACUAUGAUAUGGGCAGUAUCCCAGUUGUCGACCAUCACUUGGCUGAAGCUUUGGAGGAAGACGACGAGUUUUCCUUCCUGUCUCUGCUUUUAAAAGGAUACGGCAGGUAG